AUGAAGGCCUCCACUUCCCUCGUCGUCCUCGCCCUCGCAACCCUCGGCUUGGCUGCGCCCGCGUCCAUCGAAACCCGCCAGAGUUCAUGGGGCCCCUGGACCUGUCCCACCAAGGCGCAAUGCGAGGCCUCGUGCAAAGCCGCCGGCCUUGUGUAUUCGUUCCACGACUGCAACAGCGCGUGGACGAACUGCGCGUGCAACUAUGCAUGA